ACGUUUUACCCGAUGAAAUCCCCAAAUCUAUGGAAGGAAUUCAUCUUUUAACAUGUGGUCAGUUUUUAAUUUCAAUGGGGAGGAAUUACAACCGAUAACAACUCCCUUUUAAAUUACCUCUCUCUCGAAAAUUGUGUAUUUACACAUACUUACUGGAGGUACGCUAAUUUCACUGGAGGAUUCAUUUAAUAAGAAUUCAAGAUGUGUUGAUCAAGAGAGUGCGUUAAAAUGAGCAAAUAUCGUCGCCAGUGAGAAACACAAUGGGACCAAUCAGCAAUUAUACAUUUUGGAUUUACAUAGCUAUUUAAACUCUAUAAUGAUCAAUGAUAUUGGGAAAAAUAUUUGCAUACAUAUAAAAGUAGGAACUCCCUUUAGAAGUAUAUAUGAGAAAAUCCAAAGGAGUGCUGAUGUUGUGUGUAUAAUUGUAAAUUUUAAUGUCCAUGUGUAACCUAAACGUCUUCUUGUUUUUUGCGUGUGCUUGUGUCUUGUGUAGCCCAGUAUCUAUGUCAAAUGUAACCAAACCACUUAAGAUUUCAUUCCUGGCCUCUCGUACGUUCUAUGGUGAACUUUUAUAUGGGGGAGCCUUUUAUCGUGCCAUUGAUGAUAUCAACAAGGAUGACAGUCUUUUACCCGGCUAUGUUUUGGAGCCGAUAUUUGCCGACACUCAUUCGGAUAUUCUACAGACAGUGGGGUACAUGACAGAACAUAAGAUAAAUGGUACCCUUGGUUUCAUUGGUCCGGAGGGUGCCUGUGGAAUCGCGGCCACCAAUGCCGCAUCCUGGAACAUGCCCAUGGUGGUGUAUAGAUGUCACGACUCGGAGUUAUCAGGAGACCCUCAGUUAGAAAGAAGAAUCCGCCAAACGUUUGUAAGAACAGAACCGUCAACAUCUAAAGUCUCCAAGUCCAUAACUUCGUUACUGUUGCAUUUCAACUGGCGCAAAAUCAGCCUCGUUCUGGGUAACCGAACAGUAUGGAAUCAGACGGCAGAAAAUCUGAAAUCCUUACUGAGGGAAAAUGAUAUCGAAAUUCGUAAAGAGGUUCUCUUUCAAGAGCCUUAUUUUCCUAGCCUAGAUAUGUCAAAAUACGUUCACGCCACCGUCAUGUCAACACGAAUUUAUGUUUUCCUUGGUGACUAUCACGCUCUCAUAGACUUUGUCCGAAGUUUGGACAAACAACCAAAAGACAACGGAGAUUUUGCAGUUAUAACAGUUUUGGAUGAACAACCCACCUCAAAACUUAAACACUUUUUGAAAACUCCGUUUGAGACAGAAUUGAAGGAUGAACAUUGGAUGGCCUUCCGCAAUGUUCUGGUUAUAUCCCCUCGUUCUCCCAGUAACCCGGAGUGGGACAGUUUUAUUGACGAUGUGCGCAUGCGUAAUAUGGAGCCACCAAUAAGUCUGCCACGCCCGCCACCUUCAUUGAACGUAACGGUUCAACAGGUUGUACCGAUUCAAGCUGCCCAUUUGUACGAUGCCGUUAUGGUGUUGGCACGCGCACUAGAUACUGUAAUAUCAAACAAUGGAAGUAGUCUCAAAAACGGCAGAGACAUUGUUUCAAACAUCCAGAAAGCUUCUUUUAAAAGUAUCCAAGGUUUUGAUGUUUACGUGGACGAGACUGGUGACGCAGAAGGCAAUUACUCACUCCUGUCCUUGACAAUGCCAGCGGAAGGUCGGCCUUUCCUCGGUCCUGUCGGCUGUUUCAAUAGAUACUCCAGCGACCUUGGAGUGCUUGAGUUUAUUCUUAAUAAAGAAAUAAAGUGGACGAUGGGACAGGUUCCUAGAGAUGAACCGCCGUGUGGAUUCGACGAGGAAAAAUGUCAAUAUGAACCUGACUGGAAGCUGGCCACCAUAUGUAGUGUGAUAGCGGCAGCUGUCUGUGUCGGAAUGGUGUUUGUGUGCAGGCACUACUUAUACGAACAAAAGAUUGCUAGGCUUCUUUGGAAGCUAGAGUACAAAGAUCUAAUGUUCAUAGACAAUGUUGAAGAGGUCAUAUCUCCGGCCAAAAGAAAGAAGCGAAGUAGUGAAUAUUUCCCAAGUCUGUUCCCUAAAUAUUAUAGUUACUUAAUGGGUCUAUCACGCAGCGAUCUAAUAAAGAGAAAGUCACACACAUCUUGGAGGUUCCUCAUCGAUGGCGACGAAUCAGGGAGGUCGACACUUCUCGGUACCACAAAAUCUGACUCAGGAAGGUCGACAUUUUUCGGUAACAAGUCCGACAAGAAGGGCAGUACUCGUGGCUCAGUAGCCACACAUCCCAUAAAAGUAGGCUCCUAUAAAGGGACCAUGGUCUCCAUAAAGAUACUGACCAGGAAGAGCCUAGAUAUGAACCAGUCACUAAAAAAACAACUCUAUAUCAGAAAAGAACUCACCCAUGAUAACAUCAACAAGUUUAUAGGGGUCUGUGUGGAAUCCCCACAUCUAUAUAUAGUAACACAGUACUGCGCCAGGGGAAGUCUUAAGGACAUUCUGAAAAAUGAGGACAUUUAUCUGGACGAUAUGUUCAUCGCCUCCCUUGUGGCGGAUUUAAUCAAGGGAAUGAUCUUCAUUCAUGACAGUGAAAUUGGUUUCCAUGGGAAUCUGAAAUCUUCCACCUGUUUGGUGGAUAGUCGAUGGGUUCUCCAGAUCGCCGAUUUUGGUCUGCAGCAGUUGUUAAGCAAAGAAACAAGUAUCAAAGGGGACACAGAGAGUCAUUACGAUGAAUUGUUAUGGACCGCACCAGAAUUGCUGCGCUCAAAAAAUGCUCACACUUACGGAACUCAGAAAGGGGACACAUACUCCUUCGCUAUCAUUCUGUAUGAAAUUCACGGACGAGAAGGUCCUUGGGGAAACACAAAAUACACGCCAUCAGAAAUUGUCAACCACGUGAUACGUGACGCUGCUGAGGCCCCCUUCCGGCCUGAUAUAACCAGAUUGUCCUGUGAAGACUUUAUUAAACAGUGUAUCACCGAAUGCUGGCAUGAAGCCCCCGACUUCAGACCUGACUUUAAGUACAUCAGAGUCCGUCUGAAACCCAUGCAGCAGGGACUGAAACCAAAUAUAUUUGAUAACAUGUUGGCUAUCAUGGAGAAGUAUGCAAACAACCUCGAAGCUCUGGUUGCAGAGAGAACUGAGCAGCUGUCGGAAGAAAAACAGAUGACGGAGAAUCUUCUUUUCCGAAUGUUACCAAGGCCAAUAGCUAAUAAGCUGAAGAGGGGUCAUUACGUAAAUCCUGAGAGCUACGACUGUGUAACCAUGUAUUUCAGUGAUAUUGUGGGGUUCACCGCCCUGUCCGCAGAGAGCACACCCAUGCAGGUUAUUGACAUGCUGAAUGAAUUGUACACUUGUUUUGAUUCAAUCAUUGCCCAUUAUGACGUAUACAAAGUGGAGACAAUCGGUGAUGCCUACCUAGUUGUCAGUGGGCUUCCGAUACGCAAUGGCGAUAACCACGCGGGAGAGAUUGCAUCAAUGUCACUCAAACUCUUGUCUGCUAUACUCUCCUUUAAAAUAAAACACAGGCCUGAUGAUACAUUAAAAUUACGUAUUGGUAUACAUUCAGGUCCAGUAGUAGCAGGUGUUGUUGGACUGCGCAUGCCCCGUUAUACAUUAUUUGGAGACACAGUUAACACUGCAUCUCGUAUGGAAACCAAUGGACUACCUUUGAAGAUUCAUUGUAGCAGUCAGUUUAAGGCCAUUCUGGAUAAGUUAGGAGGAUACACUCUAACGGAAAGAGGAUUCGUUAGCAUGAAGGGGAAAGGAGAUCAGUUCACUUACUUUUUAGAAUCUGAGGACGAAUCUUAUCGGACCAAACGAUUAGAAUCAAUGGAAAGAGCCUCAAGCUUCUCUACGAAACCCACAUUGAAUAUUGUUGGUUGUCGUAAAUGCAGUGGACAUGUGUGUGAUUCCUACUCGCUUAACAAUACCUACGAGAAAUGUAGUGGGUAUUCCGAUUACUGUAGUGACUGUCUCAGGAACAGCAUGCCAAAGUUUGUGUCUGAACAGAACGUCGAGUGCAAUACUGGUUCUUAUGAGGACGACUUUAGGCAGAAUCUGGAAAACAAUAAUACUCGAUCUCAUUCCGACACCUGCGAAUUUUGGCGGGAAAGUGAAGUGCAAAUGCCAUUGAUGGACAGUAACGGUGGCUUGGGGUUUUAUGGAACCGAAGUUUUAUCAGAUGAAAGUGUAUUGUGAUGCUUAUGAAUUUCUGGUUUCUUAAAUAAAAAAAAUCGUAAUAUAUAUUCACGAAAGAUACGUACAAUCUGUGAUAUUUAAGGUGUCCAAAUGUUAUAGAACUGCAUUUCAAUUACUAUAUUUAUUCUAAAAACCAAUCAAAAUUCAUAAUAACGAAUAGUGCUAGGAUGAUGUUGCUUGCAAUGAAAAUUUGUUUUUGAUGAAGAUUUAAGAAAUGUGUUCGAUUGUGUAUUUUAAUCAUUUCAUUUUCUACAGUGCAAUUAGAUAUUUCUUUGAAAUAACACUUGUAAUGGCUGGGUUUACUAUGUUUAAAUUAAAAGUUAUUAAUGGUGAUUUGAAAGGCGUUGGAAUCUGAUAUCCCUUGGAGAAUGUUAUACAUGUAUUCUUUUCUAUGUCAAAGUUGUUGA